AUGGGUUAAGUUUAACAAGCCAAAUAACAUUUUUUGAAAAAUUGAUUAAAGGUUGAUUCAAGAGAAAGUAGAAUGUAAUAAUUUUAAAAAUAAAGUUUAGUUUCGGUUGUGAAAUUGAAGUGCACACAAAUUAAAGUGGCAGUGGUGCAUAAAGUAUAUUAAAGUGAGAUGCAUUAUCAAAAAAAAUUGAAGAGAUUAGAAUAAUAUUAGUAAAUUAGUUUUAUGCCAGGUUUGAUUCGUUUAUUAGAUAUUCAAAAAGAUGAAGAAUCGACAUUAUGUAGUAAUUUAUUUAGAAUUGAUGUUAUCUCUGAAUUAAUUACCAUCAAAUUUGCCUUGGUAUUAGUUUUUAUUAUAAAUAAUUCAAACAUUAAUUGA